AUGGAUCACGAAGAUCUUACUGCUUCACAUUGGGACGAUGUGAUAUCACCACAUUCUGAAUAUACGAAUAAUCCUACUAGUUCUUCAAUUCCACCAUUAUUGAACAAUCAAUUCAACGAGUUAUCGGUAGACGAUAGCGAGGAUCACGACGUAGAUGACGAAGAAAAUUACGACGACGAUGAUGAGGCGGAACAUCCCCAAACCCCAACAUAUGGAUAUAGUAACCCGAUAGACGAACAAAGAGAUGAGCUAGAAAAAGACGAGAGAAAUGAUCACAAACAUAAAUUGUUAUCAGAGCUCACGCACGGAUCAGAAGAAGAUCAGCUAGAAUCACUUAUGAAAUCUCCCGAACAUAUCAAGCCAUCGGAGUCGCUCUUUAAUGAAAAAGAUAGUCCUAUAAAGCCGUCGACUUCGGUAUCAAAUGACCAACAAGUCUCUCCAAAAAGGGUGUCUAACUUGAAGACGAGUAAAUACAAGCCUACUAGACUACGCAAGUUUAGUUCAAAGACAGUUGUCCAACACCUCGGCAAUGAAAACAAUACAAAAGACUCGUUGGGUCCAUUGGGAGAGCCAACUGAGGUGACAUCUGACAAAGAAUCUGCUCCAUCCAAUGGCAAUGAUGAUAGUCAGAAUAACAAUAAUAACAAGGAUCUAUUAGUUCAGCAACUUGACGCACCUUUAUACGAAAUAGAUAAUGGGACUAAAAAUGAAUUACCUCACAAAUUAGAUCAACCUGGCCAUAAAUCAAGUUCCAAUGAUGACUCCAAUGUUACUAACGCAGCAAAUGCGCCAUCAAAUUUGGAAAUAUCUGUUGGAGAUCCAAUGAAAGUCGGAGAUAUUACAAAUGCACAUAUCGUGUAUUCCAUAAAGACUAAAAAUAAGAAUCCCGAUUCUCAACUUUUCCCUCAAGGGUCCGAUACAUUCAUAGUUUCUAGACGUUACAAAGACUUCCGGUGGAUAUACCAUCAAUUACAAAAUAACCAUCCCGGUAAGAUUAUUCCUCCACCUCCAACAAAACAGACAUAUAUCGGAAGAUUUAACGAGAAUUUUAUCGAAAAUAGAAGGUUAUCUUUAGAAAAGAUGUUGAACAAAAUUAGUCAUAGUCCCUCAUUACAAGAAGAUCCUGAUUUUAUAAUGUUUUUAGUAAGUGAAGAUUUUGGCAACGAGUCCAAGGAAAGGGAAAAAUUGAGUGGCUCUGGAGCAUCAUUACAGAAUGAUGAGUUUUUGGAUAAUGAGAGUAAUACGUCUAAUACAGAUUCCAGUACUCCCGUUACCGUUGGAAGCAAUGCGGGUGGAUUCAUGAGUUCCAUAUUCUCAAUGUCACAAAAGAUCGAGGAACCAGAUGAAUAUUUUACCCAAAAGAAAGAGUAUAUCGAGAACUUGGAGCAUAAUUUAAGAGUCUUCUAUAAAUCAAUUGAGUUGAUAAACAAUCAGAGACAAGAAAUGGCUGGUUUAGUAGACGAAAUAUCGAUGACUAUUGAUGAAUUAGCCAGCUUGGAGAUACUGAAAGUCACAAGCGAUUUGUUGAGUGCUUUUAGUGAUGUACAGCUCAAAUUAAAGGAAAACCUCGAUCGUAUAAAUUUGCAGGAUCAGUUAACUUUAGGCUUUACUAUAGAAGAGUAUUUAAGAAUAAUUGGGUCAAUUAAAUAUGUAUUCGAAUCAAGAUCAAAAAUUUAUCAACAAUAUUAUAAUUUUAAUCAGGAAUACAUUAAGAAACAAGCUCAAUUAAACAAGCUAAAUAAAAAAUUCAAGGUACAAGGCGAUAAAGCCAAUAAUUUGAGUUUUGAAGUCGAUAAAUUAAGAGCUAAAGUACAAACUUUUGAGAAGAAGUUCAAUUUAAUUAGUGACACUAUAAAACUAGAACUUGAAAGAUUCGAGUUUGAAAAAAUCGAUGACUUCAGAAACAGUGUUGAGAUCUUUAUUGAAAGUUCAAUAGAAUCUCAAAAGGAAGCCAUUGAAUUAUGGGAAACGUUUUAUGAACGGGAAAAUUUAUCCAAGGUUUGA